AUGGCGGCGCCGGGAGGAAAGAUGGCGGCGCCCAGUUCGCUGCUUUGCGGGUUCCGCCGGAGCGCGAUGGCGGCGCGCGUGUGGUGGGCUGCGGGGUGCGGCCGGAGCUUGAGCACCGCUCCUCCCGCUGCUGCUCCCCGGCCGUGGAAGCUCUUCGGGGCUCUGUGCCUGCUAAGGCUGCCCCGCAUCACGCAGCCCCUCCGGAAGGAGGAGGAGGAGAUGGCGGCCCUCAUGGAGCAGAUAGAGCUGGAGAAAAGCCACUACUCCGACCAUGAAAUCCGCAAGCUGGAGGAGGAGGAGCAGCUCAGAAGGAGGAAAGAAGGCUUGCAUGAUGAUGACGAUGAAGAGCUGGGCAGAACAGUUGUUAUGGCUCAGGACCUGGAGGAGAAGUGGGAGCAGAAGCUGCUACAGUUCAGCCCGGCCCCGCGGGUUACAGAGGCUGAUAAAAAAAACGAUCGAACAUCAUUGAACAGAAAGCUGGACAGAAACCUGAUGUUGCUGGUGAAACAGAAAAUUGGUAACCAAGAGCUGUGGCUCCUGCCUCAAGCGGAAUGGCAGCCUGGAGAGACUCUGCGAAACACAGUUGAGCGAGCCAUGGCUACGUUUUUAGGCGAUCACAUUCAAGCCAAAAUCCUGGGGAAUGCACCAUAUGGAAUUUACAAGUAUAAAUUCCCCAGGGCCAUCAGGACUGAGGAUAACGUGGGAGCCAAAGUAUUCUUCUACAAAGCCUUCCUCCAAAGCAGUGAUUUGUCCCAGGCAGAGCUGAAGAAAGAUUAUCUGUGGGUUACAAAGGAUGAGCUGGGAGAUUACUUGAAGUUGGAAUACCUGAAAAAAAUCAAUCGAUUCCUUCUGGACUUAUAAGUGAUAGGCUGUGCUCAGGCAGAUGGGGAAGAUGUGGAAUGUGACUCUGGGGAGGAGCACAGCUGCUGCUUUGCGUGGUCUGUGUGAAUGGGAUGUUAAGCAGGACUCUGGAGGAUAAAUUGCCUUUGCCUUAUUUCCCAGUUCUCUUCACCAGGCCUGUAUUAAAUAAAUAUUAAAACUUUAUACUCCCAAGUGAAGCUCUCCUCAGGGAGUUCUUUGCUCUUGUUGAAUCCUCCUCCACCUUUUCUGGAAAUAUGUGUUGUGAUCUGUUCCUCUCCCAACCAUGUGAUUCCCUGGGGCUGUGGUACCCAGGAGGCUUGCUCUCCUCACCAGACUCGUGUUGUGGUCUGGAGCUCAAAUGGUUUCUUCUAAGUAAUGACCAAUGCUCAUCUCUGACAACUGCUCUUAACUAAGAGCAGUGCUGGAUAGUUACAUUUGUUUCCAACUGGCAGAUGAUGUUCUUAGGUGUAAGAGGGAGAUUAGCCAGCUAGAUAAUGGGAGACCUGACAGGGGAGUGAUUUUCUUUGGCGUCAUUCCAGCUUCUGAAACUGUAGUUUUCUUUAGGGUUGUUAUGGUGCUAUGGUGUUAUGGAUACACACAUUGCUCUGUGCAGCAGUUGCUUAUUCAGGAAUUAGCUUUGCAGGCCUGAGGCAGCUCCACCAGCAUUUCCAGCUACACUUCGAUCUCUCUGGGCACGUUGGCUGAGUUCCUUGUGUGAUUCUGUGGAAUUCUCUGGCUUCUCCAGAGGUAAGCAGUUCAUUGUCCCAGAUUGCGGAGAUUUCCUUACAGUGCCACCGAUGGGUUUAAGUUCCUCUAUCCAGAAACAAGAGGGCUGGUACUGCAGAAUGGAAAUUCUGUAUGGAUCACAGGCAGCAAGUAAGGGCUCACAGAGCUGUGCAACGCAUGUUUCUGGGAAGCUGGAAGCUGUGUUGUUCAAACCUUUGUUACGUUUAGUCCAUGUUGGAGCUGCAUCUGGCCCUAGAGGGGCCUUGAGUGGAAAGAUGCAUGAGAAAUAGGCAGUAGCUCUUUAGAUGACUGCUACUUUCUCACCUAUGCCACUGUCCCCCUUGGGCCUGAAACUGGUAACAGUGAAGGGGAGAACCAUUUGAUCAGCAGUUCUUUCUGGACUGAAAGGCAAACUUUUGGUUGCAGAGGGAAGGCAGCACUAGCGUUCCUACUUCCUGUGAGCAGCCUCAAAGGUGGCUUUGAUUCUCAGCUCCUGUUCUCAGUGUACUAGGCCAGCACUGCUAACCUAGCUGAGUCUUUCUCAGGUAGCCUGAACCUACUGCUCCAAUUUCUUUAUUAGAAGGACUAUCCUAUGCUUAUAUUGCACAGUCUCAUUUCUCUGGUCUGGUUCUGUUUCUUGAAGUGCUAUUACUGUUAGUAUAGAGGAAAUGCUAAGUUACAGCUUGAAACACUGAUUGAGCAACUGGUGGGAAGGCAGGGCCAACCCAGGGAAACUCAGGUGUAUGCAAUGCAAUGCAUCUGACUGACUGGAAGGGGUAGAACCAGGAUCCACCCCUUCCCAGACCUCAUUUGAGGGUUGGCAGUGGAGGCAAGGGGGAUCCUGCUGGAGAUUCCUGUGUACCUGAGGCCUUCCAAGGGUAAGCAGAUUUUUUUCCUUUGUUCCUGUGUCCACAACUGCUGCAUUUGAGCAUAUCCUCACUUCCCACAACCUAAGACUUUGCUAUUCCACUAUCAUUGCUGCAUUUUCCUUCGCGUUACUCUUAGAAUGUAGCCCAGCACUGGUUAGACUUUGCAGGGAAUCUGCCUUCUUUGGUAGCAGGGAGAGGAAGGAAAUGGGUGUCGUUAAUCAUCUGGAAAGUGUUUGGCUUCCAGAGGUGGAGCUGGAGAUUGCUAUAUAUUUUUCAUCAAUCCUUUGAGCAGACCUCAAAUUAAAGCUGUUCUUAAUCACUCCAUGAGCUGUUGAGGUUGGGAGUAGCCUUGUUUCCUAAUGCUGGGCAGCUGAGAGCUGCAGGCUUGUCAUAGACUAUAAACAAAACUUGGUUUCUUGAAACACCCUUACAGACCUGACAAAGGAGGCUGUUUGCAGUGGAGAGCAUUUAUAAAGAGGGCGUAAAUGUGAAGUAAAAUACAUGCCUGCAAAACUGCAGAUUUUUUGGCUGCUGUCUGGAGGUCAGCACUGCCUUCUCUGAGACUUAAAGCUCCAGUGGAGGGGUGAGGUGAGUCCUCCCCCUCAGGCUGUGCCCCUGGAAUCCCUAGCAGCCUGGGGCAAUGGAUGCAGGCAGCCCUGGGUUCUGCUGUUCUCUGCCCCCAUUUCAAGCUAUUACUAGCUCUGUAGCAUCCAGCUUCUGAGCAGAGCUUUGUGGGUGCAGGCUCAGGUUGAACUCCUUGCCAAGUUCUCUUCCCCACUUCCUAUACCAAAGGCAGGUUUUGUGGUAUGUCAUGAGACUUCCAAAGUGUAUAAGAUGGUAUUUAAUCAGUGCAUUUUUUAUCUCAAAUCUAGGUGCACAUAAGGGAGAAAAGGCUCAUCUUGAACCCUGGACAAUUCUUAUUUUCUGGCUUGCUCAAGCAAUGAGUCCCUGUGCACUGUCAGUACUGAGAGGUGUAGCUCCCUCUAGCAAUGGACAGGUCAGAAUCAACAGCUCUUUAAAUUUUAUUUUAUUUUUUUCCCCAGGAUCACGUCCUUGUUCUUCUAGGCAGCAGGUGCACAGGAAACCGAGUCUCUUCUGGAAGUUGGGACUGUUGCUUUCUCAGCACCUAAAGCAAGAAUUCCUGCUCCUAGUCUACAUAGGAACGUAGUCUUUUAUUACUUUUUUCCCCUGCAGUUUAUUCUGUUUAAAACCCUCAAUUAGUUGCUGCAAACAAUGCCAGAUCUCCUUGUUUAGGUGCUUUUGCUCACUUUUUGAUCUGUGUGUUGUCCUUCCCAUUGGCCUCAGUGAGGCAGCAUACCAUGGAGAUUUCCUAGGGGAGAGGAUGUUUUUUGUAUAUUCUCUCUACUCCCAAAGGUCCUGUAGCAGAUCACAGUGGCAGUUUCAGAAAUCUGUGGCUACAAGUUAAUUUUUCACUCUGUGCCUUGUGGAGCUGCAGAAGUCUGGUCAGGUAGCUGAUCUAUUUUAACCAUUAUCUAUUGAAAGGCCAGCACAGCACCUUGGGACCUUUUCUGAGAGAGCCCCUCUCUGCUGGAGCAGAAGAAACCUCUCAAGUUGUAGCUAAGAGAGAGCUGCCUUGAAUGCAGCCCAGCACAAAGAGCAGGGAAGGCAUACGAGUUAGGCUGAGCAGAACACACGAAGCUCACGUUGCAGAUGUGAUGGAGAACUGUUCAAGUAUUUGCCUGUUUUUUUGGGAAGUUUGGUGUUUGUUUGCACCCAGAGCCUCAAAGGUUUUUCUGACUUUGGCUUUGCCUCCUCAUGAGCGCUCUCCAUCAGAAUGUGAAGCAGCAGCAGGUAGCUGGAAAGGCACCAGGUUCGCUUUAGCUCUCUAGUGCAAGGCACUGUCAGAUCAAUUGAAGAGCUCUCCUGUGAAGUGUGUGUCAGAGAGCUGUAUUUUGGAAAGGGCCUCCUGUGACUCCUCACUUUGAGAGCAGCCGUGUGGAGCUCAGCUGAGAAGUCCAAUGUGAGAUUGGUACUGCAGCCGCCAAGGCCAUUAUUUGAGUGUUAUCUUCUCCACAUUGCACAGCCUGGGGAGAAAGCUGCAGAGUGCUGACAGACUGCAGAGACUUUCUGCUCUUCAGAACCAUUUUCUGCACAGAGCACUUUCGUUCAUGAGGGCAGAACACAAAAGUCAGAUCAUUCUGCCCUCAAAGAAGAAAGACGCAUAUCUGUCUGGAGGACCUUUCCUUGGUGCAGUGCAGUGUAGCAGCCAUUGCAAAAACCUCCAGAAGCAGAAAUAAAUAUAAGCAUCAAUUGCAGUCUAAAAUUCCUCUGUUGAACUUAUUGCUUCAGUCACCGUGUUAGAAGAGAGAGGUGAAGGUUUUCUUUGUGACAAAUUGGAUGCUAGCUGUCCCCUCCAGCAAUGGAGAGAUAACAAGUCCUAAUAAGACCACUUCUCAGCUUCACAGAAACAGAUUUCUGCUGCUUCCCCUACGAAAUACCUUCCUUAGCUGAUAUCCUGCCCUGUCAGCAGGAGUUUUGGGAAUUGGUGGCCUCUAAGCAGAACCCCCUUUGCAUGUUUUGUGAUACAGUAACACCAAGCUGUUCAGAACUGCAUGCUUUCUCAUGUAAUAGGAAACUUAUUUUUUUUUCUUCUCCUGUCUGGCUCCAAGCAACUAAAAUACUUCAAUAUUUGGAAGAUAAAUGCAUUCAGAGCCAGAAGAGACCGCUGGAGCCACAGGCUACACUGCUUCCUGCUCUCUGAAAACCUGAAUGAGGAGAGAUGCUAUUGCUCCCAAAUACUUGUUAGCUUGUUAGAACAGGGAAAGCUGCCCUGUGUGGCCCUUCUUGCAGGGACAAGGGAUAGGCUGUCCCAUAAGAUGAGAGAUCUUCUGUGGCUCCAUCUGCUCUUGUUCUGUCUAAGCUUCCCUGUGUCUUGGAAUGGGUAUGUCUCUUAGGAAGGAGUUUUUCAUCAGUUCCCAGGGUUUCUGUGAGUACUGCAUAAGCCUGCAUAGAAAACAUCAUGGGAUGCUCUGCUCAGGGCAUCUAGGACGUCCAGCAGAAAAUGGUGUGGGAGGUCUGGUUGAGAUAGGUCACCAGUGAUGUGGUUGGGUUAUGUCUCAUCUUUCUGUUUCAAUGUUUCCCUCCCAUUUCUGGAUGAACACUGAGUGGCACAGGCAGAGUGUUGCACUCACACGAAUCUUUGCAAAGGUAAAGACUUGCAUAAAAGAGGAGAGCUACUGGAAAACUGGAAGUUGGUAAAAUUGCUCCAGAAACUUUGCUGUUAAUACUCAGACCUCAACACCAUACCCACAAAAAGCAAACCUGGGCAUUUGUGAGGUAAGCACAAAAUGCUGGCAGCAGGAAGCCCUUCAGGUUGUUCUGGAUACAGCUUUGCUGUCGAGACUACAUUUCCAUAACAGAUAGUGGGGUGUUACACAAUCCUUUGGCAGGACUUCAUAGGCAAUGCUUGGAGACACAAGGACAUUUCUUGAUUGAAAUACGAAGGGACUUUGAGCAACGCUGACGUAAAUCUUCUUCAAAAUCCAGGCAAGGCAAUAAAGCCUUUUUGCAGUGGGUUCAGGACUCAUGGCCUCAUCGAAGCCCCCUCCAGAAGCAAGAAGAGUGCUAGAAGGAGCCAGCUACUUACACAGCUCCUGUGGUCAUCCCAUCUCAUAAUUAAAUGAGACAAAGCUUGCAAGAUUUCACAGGUAAAGGUUUGCACCCAGGGGCAGGCUGCUGCCUCCUCAUGCUGCAUGCCAGCUUUCUGCACUCUCUCAUCUAUCAAAGUAAUUAUGCCCAUUAUGUUUCUCCUUUCAGGUUUUACCCUCCCAAAUGUUAUUCCUCUGCAUUAAACCCGUGGGGGAAGUGAGUUAUUGAGGAAAGUAACCAGGUAUAAUCCAGGUUUAAUAGGCACACAGAAAAAGCAUGCUGGUCUGGGAGGGUGGUCCAGCCAGCAUUCUGCUUCUGCAGGCAAAUAGAAAUUUGUCUUGAUGUGUGUAUAUAUCCAGCUUUGUGAUCUGUGAGCUCUUAAUAAUUGGUUUGGUGACCUGCUACCAGUGUUCUCUCUCUGUAGAGCUUUCUCCAGUCCCUGGUUAAUACAACGGGUCACAAAUCCCAUUUGCUUUUGAAUUCUGAGUAAUCCUUUCGUUAAUGUUGCCUAGUGCUUUUUUGGAAGCAUUGAAGGAAAUUGGAGCCCUGUGCUAAUCAGUAACUCUGGCUCUGCAUGUUUGUGAGCUGCUGCCCUGGCUGGCUUUUCCAAAUGACCGUGGCAGCCUGUUUAUGUCAAACACCAAUGUGUGCCUCUACAAAGCAGCAAUUGCCUCUGAGCCGUGGUAUUACACAGGGCACAGGCUGGGAAUGUUGGCUGAGGUUUAGGAGAGCAGUGAGGUGUGAUGGGGUGGCUGCUGGUGCCACGUUCCUGCUGUGGUGGUUUCCCACUGGUUGGGAAAGUUUAAUGGUGUCUUUAACACCUGCAGCAUCUGAAUUACGGUUGGUGUCUCUUGGUUUUGUUUUUUAAUUUUUGUUUCCUGUCUUUUUUUUCUGUAGUUUGUUGAUCUCCACGUUGCUGACAAGCAUCACGCCUUACCCCUUUUCACACUCCCUAUUCCUAGCCUGUCUGUGGCAUUCCUCACACAAUGCGAGCGUGCACCGUUCUGCUUGGAGCUGCUGACAACAGCAUUAUGACCUUGAGGAUAGCAGCAUGUUACAAAGCAGCAUGUAUUGCAUUUAGUUAACUUGCUGUAGCUGGGCACUGCAUUUACAAGCUGCUAUUGAGGCCCCUGCACCUCAGGCUUGUGCUGGGUGCUCUUGGGCAGCACUGUGCAGUCACCUCCCCUUGCUUUGGGUCUUCUUCCUUAUUAAAUGCCUCCAGGAUUUGGGCUGUUUGAUUUCCAAACCCUUUCCCUGGUGCAGAGGGAGGAGCAGGGAGGGGAGCUCCCUGCACUGGGAGCACAGUGAAUGCAUCGUGGCUCCAGCGUAAGAGAAAUUCCUCCAAGGAUGGAGUUGCACGCUGCCUGUGGCACAGCUCCGUGUUGGGCACUAGAUGGCAGACAGUGACUGGGAAAUCCCAUUGUGGAGCUUUCCAUCCCUUCCCCCUUAAAAUCACCUGCUCCAGAGUGGGGAACCUAAACCUGGAGUAAGGAUCGCUAGUUCUUAACCUGGUGGCUUGAACUUCAAAGGGUCCUAAGGACCAGCAGUGAGUCGUGUUUGCUCCAUGGAGGCUCAGUGGGUAACCAGAUGCUCAGUGGAACCUGUAGGACAGGGAAAUGAGGCAGGGAUCAGACAGCUGGGUUUGAUGAUGGAGGAUGCUUGGGGCAGCUGGGUUCCCACAUGUUAUGAGGGGGCAGGAGCGGCAAAAGUCCCUCCUUACUCACCCUUAUCGCCUGGGAUUUUGGCUUUGCCAAUUGCUGCCCCUGACCCUAUAGUGCUAAGGGUGAGACAGCCCCUGCAGUGCCAGGCAGCUGCUUGUCCCCCCGGGCAUGGAGUUGUGCAGCCAGCCCCAUGCUGGGUGUUGUCGGUUCCCCUAAGCACCUUCCAACAAAAAGGGGAUUAUCUAUAGCUUGUUAAGAGUCCUAGCAGGGAGGGAGAAUAAGGCUCUUUGCUCUGAAACGUUCUCUUCCCUGGGAUUACAAGAUAAUGCAUAUGAAAUGACAUUAGCUCAGCCAGGUUUAUGGAUUAUUUGAAAAUCAAAUUCUUUUAAUCUCAUCCACCAUCUGGCACCGGUGGAGCAGCCAGCUUGCUGCCACUUCCACCCUGCCUGUGUCAGAGCAAGGGGACAUGGCAUCCAUGCACCCUGGCACCAGUGCCAGCCUUGUCCCCAUUUUUCUGACAGCAUAGAGGUGACAAGUCCCAGGAGCCAUCUAUAGGGAGGAGGUGAGGCUGGUUGACAGCCCUGCCUUCUCCCAGGGCGCAGCCAGCCCCUUCUGCUGUUUGGUUGUAUCUUAGUUGGUUUUCUUUUUUUGGGGGGGAUGAGGAACAUGAAGCCAGGCACACUGCAGCACUGCUCAGCUCUCGUGUCUGUCAUGAGUUGCUUUGCCCUCUUUGCUGAGCUUCAGUAGGACCAUCCAUCUUCCCUGUCUGCUCCAGAACACUGCUGCACCUACUACCAAGGAGCGUUAUAAUCUCAGUGCCCAUUUAACAUGAAUAAAAAGCCUUCUGGGACAAUAGGUCACGGUUAUACAAUUUAGCUCAAGUAGAAAAAGGGCCUUUAUAGCUAUGAAUAUAUGAAUACUUAAAAUAUAUAUGUAACAUUGGUUAACACCGGGACAUGUAAGCAUAAUAUAUACAUAGCGCUGGGCUAACAGUUUGCUCCUUGGCUCCCUUUUCAGAAGGCUGUGGCUGUUCUGCCUGUCAGUUCCAUCCCAACAGCAAUUCGUGGCUGGAGUCACAAUUCUGCACUGGUACAGAGAGUGUUCACCAUGGGCAAAGGGACGCUGAGCAACUCAGUGGGGAUUGGGAUGCAAGCAGUGUGGAUGCAAUGCUUCUGCCUGCAGGUAAGGGAUGGCACGUGGAGCCAGCAGCUUGCAUGCAGCAAUUUGCUGUUGUGGCUUGUGUGUCCUGAGGAUGGUUACAUGCAAUAAAAAGGGAAAAACAAACGGCAAGAAAAAAAUCGGUGGUUUUAGAGACAGAGAAACAUUGUUUCUGUAGGUGAUUAUUAAUUACACAAUUACAAUGUUGUCUGUAUCAUUAGGAUUAUUUGUAUUUUUAGUACGUUGUAGUUUUAAUUAAAUAAAUCCUUAGAUUGUUUUUACCCUCCUUUGUAAUGGGAAUCCUUUUUUUUUUUUAUUAGUGCCAAAGAAUAAAUUAAUUGUGUAAUUAGUGACUAUUACUUUGUCACUUCUGAAAGGGUUCUUUCCAGGUUGUACACAUGUAGUGGCUACAAAAGGGUUGUAAAAAGCUGUUUGGUACCGAGACUCCCUGGAAAUAGCUGUCUGUGGCUGGGGUUGCUGCUGGAGGUGUGGAUUUGGCAGCACAGCCAGUGAGAGGAAUGUGGAAAACCUCUGCCAGGGCUGGCAGGGGGAGGAGGCUGUCAAACCCUGAUGGUGUCCCCUUGCUUACUGCUUGCAAAUAAACGUGUUUCACUCUGAUGUAGAAAUGCCUUUCAGAAAGCAUCCUCAGGCUCUCCAUAAACAGGAUCUGGUGAAGCUGUGACUGCUUCCACAUGCUCCUGCUGGUGGUACAAGUGAAGCUGUAGGGUAAGAUUUCAGCAUGUGCCAUCCGUUGUUGCUGCUGGUGGCAUGUUAGCCAGUGCCCUGCCAUGCGUAGGGUACAUAGCAGAUUCCAGGCAGGAAAAAAAGAAUUUAACACGCAGGGAGUGUUAGGGUCUUAAUAGAUCUGCACUUAUUAUUUGGGGAAAAAAAAGAAUCAGGAUUACAGGCUUAUGAGGGAUUAGCAAGCAUGAAUGCCUAUUUCUGCAUAUACUGCUCCUUUGUAAAUCCAUUGUGCCACUACACUGAUAUAGAGUUAUACCAUUAUAAGCAUGAUAUCAGUGUAUCUGAUAACCUUGAUUAGAAGAUCCAGCAGCUGUGCUAAGAAAAACAGCCCUGCAGGGCUUUCCCACUGGUGUACUGAUUGUAUCCUGCUUAUGGCCACAAAAAUGACCGGAGGGAUGGAACACCUCCCCUACAAGGACAGGCUGAGAGCUGGGGCUGUGCAGCCUGGAGGAGAAAAGGCUCUGGGGAGAGCUGAGAGCAGCCUCUCAGUGUCUAAAGGGGCUGUAAGACAGAAGGGGACACUCUUUAGUAGGAUCUGUUGUGAUAGGACAAGGGAAAUGGUUUCAAA